AUGGCGCAAAAGAUGAAAGAGUCGCCGGUGGACGGAGAACAGACGGCGGUCGACGGCAAGCAACCAGGUUCUCCGAAGAGUCGAUUGGCAAUGUUGAAGCGUUCAUCGGCAAAGAAAUCUAACGCCAGCCAAGACCCGUUCCGUUUUCAAGGGCAAGGUGUCCAGUACAAGGGAAAAUUGAUCGGCAUCCGCGACGUGGAAGGAGCCCGCGGCGAUGUCAUGUGUGCGGAGGCUAUGCGCCAGGCCAAGGCCGCGGUGAAAGCCGCCGGCACCCACAAGCAGCGUAUCAUUCUCUACAUCAACAUCGAAGGCAUCAAGAUUGUCGAUGAAAAGAGCCAGGCGACCCUCUACAACUUCCCGGUGUCCCGAAUUUCGUUCAUCGCCCGCGACACCACGGAUGCUCGGGCAUUCGGCUUCGUUUUUGGUGAAGCUGCCGGCAGCUACAAGUUCUAUGGCAUCAAGACAGCUCAGACCGCUGACCACGCCGUGCUCUCCAUCCGAGACAUGUUCCAAAUCGUCUUCGAAAUGAAGAAAAAACAAAUUGAACAGGUCAAGAAGAACGCCGAAGGGGAUAACCAGGUGAACCAGGAGGGCGUGCGUUCGGAGAAUGGUGUUCUGGUUGCCGAUCUUCUCGAUCUCGAGACUGAAUGCCAAAAUAUUGAGCAGGGGCUCAAUCAGCUGGCAAACAUUCCGGUGGUUCCUGGAGAUGAGUGGCCCGGGGAACAGCAUCCUACCAAUGGAGCAUUUGCUGACCCGUUCGGCGCCGCACCGUUCGUCAACCAGACUCCACAGCGUGUCGACCCGUUCGCUGACAGCUUCAACUCGACGAACCAGUCUCAGCAAUUCGGCUCGGCUCAAUCGGCUCAACAUAAUUCUGUUUUCCACACACCUUACACGUCGCCAGGACAAGCCGCCGCCUUCCAGCAGAUUCCGCUGCAACAGCAAUGGGGGAUGCAGCAAGUGAUUCCGCCGAUGACCGCUCCGAUUCCGACAUUCUCGACGACGAACCCGUUUGCUGACCUGGCCACCUCGUCCGAUCCCUUCGAUAUGAACGGCAUGCGAGGGCCAAAUGGGGCCCCCGUCGGCAGUUUUCAAUCGCAAUCUUCCGUGAACUGGGGCGUUAACGAGAACACGGCGCCGCUCCAGCCACAGCCAUUCGCCAAUUUUGAUAGCCUCGGCAACGAUUCGCGCAAGUUGUCCUUUGACGGCCCACGAAAAGUGACGUCCCUGGAAGACGCCUUCUCCAAGCUGGUGGACAUGGACUCGCUCGUCGGAGGCCGACCAAACGAGGCCAAGAAGAACCCCUUUGAACAUAUCAUCAACCCGCCGAAGUUGCCCUUGAACGCUUUGGGGCCGGCUCCUCCGCUUCCGUCUCGCCCGGUCGUCGCCGCGGCUCCGUUCCCUGCGCAAAACGCCGACCCAUUCUCAGACGCUUUCUUCCGC